GCGAUCAAUCUAUCUAACCCCCAUAGUCGAAGCUGUGGGUUAUUUAUCAUUGUAGCAGACACACACGCUGCAAAACCUCAUAGCAGAGGCUGCAAUGGGAAGCAGGUGUGUGUUUAUGUCUCUGUACCAUGUUAUUGGUACUUGAAUGCAGCAAUGUGCACGUAUGCUAAAAGGGAUCGGAUUAUGUCACCGCCUUGCAUCACUGACGUAGAUGGAAGCAGGUGGGGGAAUGGCCACGGGACGUAUAAGAGUGCUGCCCAGGUCUUGUUUUCUCAGUGUGUGACUCUUGAAGGAUUGUACCGUGAGAUCUGCUCCUCUGAUCUAGGGAGGCUUCCAGUACUGCGUCACGAAAAGGUAGUAAAAUGAAGGGGUUUCUGGUCCUGCUCUGCGUGGUUUCAGUGUGUGGCGCUCAGAAAUGGAAACAAGAAACCUCUCCCUGGGACCCUAAAGUUGAACCCACCAAUGGCAGGACGUGCUCCAACCUGACUCAGGUACUGGACAACUGGAAAUUUGCUAUCUUAAACCAAGUGAAAGACCUGCUGAUCAAUGAUCACGCCUCCGUUCUACCUGAAUAUAACAGGAUCCAGCCUCUUUCAGAGGCUCUCGGGGACCUCUACCGGCAGUUUAACUCGCUAAAAGAUGAGCUGGGUAGGCUUACUGCCAAGUUUGACAAAAUGGAGGGUUUUGCGGAUGAUCUAAAAGAAGGCAGAUUCAAAGUGCCACAGCGGCCCGUUCAGAGGAUUCCCCCCACGUUUGGUCUGAGGUCUCCCCUGGGAGCACAGAGGAGGGCUCCCGAGAGGAGGAUCAUCACACAGCCAAGUCUGGUCAGAGCACGGAAGAGAGCGACACAGGGACCCUAGACCUGCUAUUGUAUUGCUGAAGAUGAUGUGAUAGAUGAUUGACCAUGUAAUACCACAGUGUGACAACAUAUGGUGCAGAAAU